CUGAAUCAUUGUACAACUAGGUGCGCCAGGGGAGAUAUCGACACAGCGCCUUGCAGAGUUGAACCGCAAGUGGGUGAAUUUGAAGAGAAAGGAGACGCUAGAUUUAUACGAAAAUAUUUCAGUUUUUUUUAGUCCUUCUCUGGGGGAAAAUAUUUCGUCUGAAGCAUUACAUCUCAUUAAAAGUGUUGAUUCAGUGCUACUAUUAUCGUGCCUAAUUUGCACAAUGUGUGUACAAUUUGCAUAGCUGUCAUUCAUCAGGGCAGUCUCAUGAUCUGUAUCGGCUUCUAGAUCAGGAAGGAGUACCCAUUGAAGUCGAUCCGACAUUGUGAGGCAUUUCGUUAAAACAUUCUCAAUUAUUUCAGAAAUUCUUUUUGAGAGUUAGCGCAGUUAGGGAGUCAAAUGGAUCGUCGGAUAGACGAAUCACCGUUACUUGGAGGAAAGAGCCUGAAUGGCAAUGGAAUCCAGCGAAUUCGUAAUCCGUCGUCGAUCAGCGUUCCGCCACAGCUACAGCUGACGUUGUCGUGGAAAGAUCUCGUGGUCAACCACCAUCCCACUCGCGGGAUCAUUGGACGACUGCGUGGGGAAAGACCGCCGCCAGUGAAGAGGAUUCUGAAAGGAGUUAGCGGUGUAGCAGACCCGGGCACACUGACGGCGCUGAUGGGUAGCAGUGGCGCCGGUAAGACCACGCUUCUGAAUGUCCUCAACCAGCGAGGGUUGGCGGGUCUCGAUGUCCAAGGUCAGGUGUACCUCAAUGGAAUACCAAUCAGGGAAUAUGGAAUGCAAACUAGCAAGCUCAUAGGCUACGUGCAACAACACGACAUAAUCCCUAAGGAACUCACAGUCAGUGAAUAUCUCACAUUCUGCGCUCAGCUUACGAUGUCUAAGAAUCUACCCGACGUAGCUAAGGUUGCCAAGGUUAAUGAAAUCAUAGAAGAGUUCUCAUUACGUAAGUGCGCAGACACAAUGAUUAAAGGAAAGCAGUGUAUUUCAGGAGGAGAACGAAAGCGAGUCUCGGUAGCCACAAAGCUGUUUGCAGAGCCGAAGUUGCUGUUCCUGGAUGAGCCGACCACAGGUCUUGAUUCCUACAUGGCUGCCCUUCUGGUAAACAAUCUUAAGUCUCUGGCUGCACAGGGCUACAACAUCAUUUGCACCAUCCACCAACCUUCAACUGAAGUCUUCAACCUGUUUGAUCAAUUGCUUAUUCUGGCUGAUGGCACCAUAUCCUACAACGGGCCACGCGCUGAGAGUGUCUCCUACUUUAGCAGUAUCGGCUACGACUGUCCCGACACCUACUCACCCGCGGAUUACUUCAUCGCACUCUUAGCCAUCGUCCCCGGUCAAGAGGCAGGAUGCCUCGACCGUGUCGGAAGAAUUGCGGAGGAAUACAAGAAGUCAUCCUAUGAGACUGAGGCUCGGCGACGACUAGCCAUCGAUUUGAGCAGAAACGCCAAAGUCGAGGAUUUCGCCUAUGAUGAUGAGGAUAUAGGUUACCAAGCAGGAUGGUUCAAACAGCUUUGGUAUGUCAUAUGGCGAGGAUUCAUCUAUCUAAAGAGGAAUCCCGCCCUCUUGAAGACAAGAUCUUUGUUCGUAGCGUUCAUGUGUCUUGUGAUUCUGCAAAUCUACUGGAACCCGAGCGGCAUCUACAACCAGUCUCGAAUAUCUGCAGUCCGCGGUUUGCUUUAUUUCUGUUGCGCAAACUUCACUUUCGUCAACGCGUCAAGGAUUAUGGUGGUUCUGCCUCAUGAAUUGCCUCUGAUGAUUCGCGAGCACUUGGAUGGCAUGUAUUCCUUGAGCGCCUAUUUCCUCGGAACAUUCAUAUCUCAGUGUUCCAUUGGUAUAACAUUGAUGGUCUUAUCUGUGACGUUAGUGUAUUUCCUUGGUGGCCUGGAGGCCCGUGUCGAUACGUUCUUCACCUGUCUUCUUGUCCUCAUGUUCUCAUACCUCAUCAACGUCGGUUUCGUUGCAAUGCAGUCGGUUAUUUGGGAGAAACCUCACCGAGCAGUCACUCUAACAACCCCUCAGAUCUUCUUCAUGAAUAUCCUCGGUGGGUUCUACAUCAACCCGACGUCUAUCCCGGUGUACAUCAAACCUUUCCAGUACCUGGACUGGUUACCUUGGGCCUAUGAAAUUCUGAACAUCAACCAGUGGAAGAAUGUCGACGAUAUCGAGUGUGAAUGGUCUAACCCAUCAGCAUGUUCAACCACGGGCGAAGACGUCAUAUACAGAUACGGAUUUUCACCAUCGAACCAGACUGUGGACUACAUCAUCCUCUGCAGCCAACUGGUUUUCUACCACUCCCUAACGCUCAUCAUUCUCAAACUCAAGAUGAAGUACAAGUGGUCGGGCUAAAAGGAACAGUGCUACACAGAAGACGACAAACUAUGGUCGCUGACCAGUACUGUUAGUCUUAAUCAGUUCAUGAAUUAUAUUGAUGUUAAUUUCAAUAUUAUAUGUAUUUCUCAUUAUUUAUGAAAUUCAGUCUAUGUAUAACUUAGACAAAAUAGGUUACUAUUAAGUUCAGUAGUAUUUGCAUUAUUCACUUCAUAAUAUCUUAUCCGGACAUCAUUUUAGCUCGAAUUAAAAAACAAUCUAUUUUGUUUUUCCAGCCGCAUUUUGGCUCUUAUAAAGAUUCAAUAAGAAUAAUAAUUUUACCUAUAGAAUAAUACAUGCUGUUAUAUUAUGAAUUUAUUUCUAAUAUUUAUGUAACGCCUUCAUGAAGCCUUGUUCAGAUAUGACGAGGCGAAUUCGCGUUUUUUCCCCUUCUUUUUGUACACACUCUCUCUCUCUCUGAUGAUAACGAAAAGUGUUAUACGUUUCACAUGUUUGUCUCUUAAACACAGAGCUUGGUGAAUGCGCGGAGCGUGUGUGUGUAUAUUGGAUUUUUUUUUACAGACGUGUAACAAUCAGAAAGACGUGACUCGAUUUCUAACCUGCGUCCUCAGCUGAAUCAUUUUGUAACUUCCAUUGUUAGCUGGAUUACAGGCGCACGCCACAACGCCUA